AUGGCUUCGCGACCUACCGUCUCUAUCAUCGGCAAAGAUGGUGCUCCCACUGGAGCUACCCACGCCAUUCCCGCCGUCUUCACCAGCCCGAUCCGACCGGACAUUGUCCAGCAGGUUCACACCGGUAUCGCUAAGAACAAGCGACAGCCUUAUGCUGUGAGCGAGAAGGCUGGUCACCAGACCUCUGCCGAGUCUUGGGGAACUGGUCGUGCCGUCGCCCGUAUUCCUCGUGUCUCUGGUGGUGGUACUCACCGUGCUGGUCAGGCUGCUUUCGGUAACAUGUGCCGAUCCGGUCGCAUGUUCGCCCCUACCAAGAUCUGGCGCAAGUGGCACAUCAAGGUCAACCAGGGCCAGAAGCGAUACGCCGUCGUCUCUGCUCUGGCUGCCUCCGCUGCCGUUCCCCUGCUCCAGGCCCGUGGCCACCAGGUCAACUCCGUCCCUGAGGUUCCCCUCGUUGUCGACUCAGCCAUCUUCGAGGCUGCCGCCAUUGCCAAGACCUCCGCUGCUCUUGGUCUCCUGAAGGCCGUUGGUGCCGGUGAGGAUAUUGAGAAGGUCAAGGGCUCCAAGAAGCUCCGUGCCGGUAAGGGUAAGCUCCGUGGCCGCCGUCACCGCCAGCGACGUGGCCCUCUUGUCAUCUACGACCCCGAGGUCGAUGGCAAGGAGCUCGUUACCGCUUUCCGCAACAUCACCGGUGUCGAGACCUCCCCCGUCACCGCUCUCAACCUCCUCCAGCUCGCCCCUGGUGGUCACCUCGGUCGCUUCAUCGUCUGGACCUCCGCUGCCUUCAAGGCCCUCGACCAGAUCUACGGCUCCACCACUGAGGCCUCUGCCCACAAGCGUGACUUCCUCCUCCCCUCCAACGUUGUCUCUCAGGCCGAUCUCACCCGUCUGAUCAACAGCUCUGAAAUCCAGAGCUCCCUCAACGCCCCCAAGGGUGAGGCUGUCACUCGCCGAUCUGCUGUCCAGAAGAAGAACCCUCUUAAGAACAAGCAGGUCAUGCUCCGCCUGAACCCCUACGCGACUGUGUUCGCUCAGGAGGCUCAGAAGAAGCAGGAAUAA